UAUGAACAUAGGAUAAGAUAUUAGCCCUAAAACCCCACUCUCCUCUGCGCUUUUGCUUUCUUCUACGUCUCUUCGAAAAAAAACAGAAACAAUCACAGCUACCAUCCAUGGCCGCCGAAAGCAGCUCCGCCACUUGUCGAGAAUCCAAAAAGACCAAGCAGGCCUCUCCAAUCCCCCUUCUCACGGAAGAUUCUCCGCCGCUGCCGGACCUCCCGCCCGAAAUCAUCGCUGCGGUUCUGUCCAGGCUUCCCGUCAAGUCUCUGCUGCGACUGAGGUGCGUUUGCAAGUCGUGGCGUUCUCUGGUUUCCAAUCCCAAAUUCGCGAAAACCCAUCUCAGUCUAGCAUCUGUCAACACUGAUUAUAGCAAUCAUAGACUCAUUCUAAGCAGUUCGUAUCCCCGUACUGAUGUCAAGUCAUGCUCUCUCUACUCUAUUUUGAAUGAUAAAUCUGAUAGUGCUGUUGAGCUUGAUUGUCCUUUGAAAAGACCUAAUCUUGGAGUUAAGAUUUGGGGUGGUUGUGAUGGUUUAGUGUGCAUUGGAAAUAAAAGAGAAGUAUGUAUAUGGAACCCGUCUACUGGGAAAUACAAGGGAUUGCCAGAUUUUGAAAUGGCUUACAUUUGCUACUCGUGGUUUGGGUUUGGUUAUGAUGAGGGUAUUGAUGAUUACAAGGUGGUGGGAUUCUUUUUCGAUGAUCGUACGGGUGGUUUUGAGCCCGAAGUGAAGGUGUAUACAUUAAGGUCUGAUUCAUGGAGAAGGAUACAAGGCUCUACUCAUCUUGUUCCUCGUGGUGCUUCAGCGACAUUUGUGAACAGGGCCCUCCACUGGAUCCACUGGACUGGGUAUGGCGCGCCCAGUCAUAUUAUUGUUUCUCUUGAUUUGGUGAAGGAAACGUAUGGAGAGGUUUCGACACCUGAGUAUCGACGUGGUUAUUUUCAUCACUUCUCGAUGGGAGUUUUAAAUGGUUGCCUGUGUAUGCUCUGUGACUACUAUGACGAUUGUUUUGAUGUAUGGGUAAUGAAGGAAUAUGGUAUUAGAGAUUCUUGGACCAAGUUGGUUGCCAUACCUUAUGUGUCACAUCCAUUGAAUCACCCUCAUGAUUCCUCAGAAUUAUGCAUUUUGGAGAAUGGUGAAGUUUUAGAGGAUAUUGGUUCUCCAUAUUCUGCACCAUUAUGCCUUUUGGAGGAUGGUGAAGUUUUACUGGAUGUUGCUACACGUUUAGUUCGGUACAAUCCCAAAGAUGGCACAUUUAGUUAUCCUAUGAUUCAUAAUUGUUCUCCAAGUUUUACUGCGUAUCCCUACACUGAGAGUCUUGUCUCGCCUGACUUUGAUGCUGACAGUGGGGUUCAGUGGCAACACCAGUACUAAAGGAAAUAAAGGUAAGUCUAGAUGUUUGAUUAUGUCCAAACGGACCAAACCUUUCCCAACUCUUGUUAAUGCACCAUGUGUUUGCAUUUGUUCUUUUGUCUUUUUAAUCUCCAAGUGAUGUACUCAAUGUUGAUGCUAGAAAGAAAAAAGAGGAUACUUUGCUCAUAUUUAUUGAAGUUCUACUAAAUUGUGGUAAAACUACAUGUGUUAACUCAGAAAGAAAUCGUGCAAAUAUGAUUUCACAAAAUUAUAUGUUGACUUUGCUUAAGGGGAUGAUGGGUUCAUGAGGUGACAUUUGACUCUUUUGUAACGUUUCCAGUAACUCGAAGGAAUAGGUUGAGGAAAAUUUAAAAAUAUUCCAAACAUGAAUGGCAGAUGACACUUGAGCCCAUUGCCAAUAGAUAAGUAUUAUAAGUUUCUUAUAUGUAUAUCCCCUUUUCUUUGUUGUUGGUGUUUUGGUAACAGGUAUUGGAAAUUAUAUUGAUUACUCUCUGUUCAUUUAUAUGUUUCUAAACUUAGAGGGACAUCAAGUUCAAAUAAAAUAACGUAAGAGAAAUAUCGAUGUCUCUUCUUUUUGGCAAGUGAGAGGAUUAAAAAGUUUCCUUCAUUGCCAAGGUCCAUGGCUUCAACUUUUCUUUUCAUCUCUUCUUUGACAUAAGAGGCUGCUGCCUAUGAGCUUAUUAACAAAAGUGACUCAGAUUUGAAGGGUUGGAAAUGGUUUUGGAAACUCAAAAUACCAGAAAAACUUAAGACUUUUACUUGGCUUAUUCUCCACAAUAGCCUUCCAACCAAUCACCUACUGGUCAGAAGAGGGAUUGAUACCUCUGAGUUAUGUCCUAGAUGUAGUACUUGCUCUGAGAAUAUUUCACACUUGUUCAGGGAAUGUAUCAAAGCAAAAGACCUUUGGAGUAACAUUCCCUCGAGCCACUUAAUGAGAGGGAACCUGGAUACUCCUAUUCACGAAUGGACAUCUCUUAACUUGAGAUGCAACAAGAUACCUAGGAAUGGCUAUAAUAUACUGUGGCACAUUAUGUUUAUUACUUCUCUAUGGCAAAUCUGGAAGGAUAGAAACAAGAAGAGUUUUGACAAGAUUGAGGACCAAGCUGUAUUAGUGCCAGGAAUAUCAUUGCUUAUUCCCAGGAAAUUGUUGAAGCAUUCAAGUCCCCCCUCAUUAUGGGCUUUCAGCAGGCAUGUCUAAUAUCUUGGUUGAAUCCAACUGCAGGUAAACAUCACACUCACCACGGAUGGCUACUGGUACGAAAUGAAUGGGAGAGGAGGUUUUGGAGGAUUGUUCAGAGACCAUAAGGGUGACUGGAUCAUGGGACUCUACGGAAUGAGAACCUUUUCCUCAAGCCUGGAAGCAGAGAUCUGGAGCAUCUACAAAGGACCGGAGAUUAUUCUGGACAGGAAAUUGAAGAAUGUGUCAAUUGAAUCUGACUCACUCACGACUAUCAAUCUGAUCAAGGAAGGCAACCCAAGCAACCAUCCGCAAAGUGUGCUCAUUUAGGAAGCCCACUACAUCAUGGCCAGGACCAACACCUUGAUCGAGCACACUUACCGAUCAGCAAAUCAAUGUGCAGACUAGCUUGCAAGAAUGGGAUUAGAACAGACAGAUGAGCUCGUUUUUGUUGUGGACAUGCCCAUUGCUAUGAGAGAAUUUGUUGUAAGAGAUACCCUGAAGAUUAGGCAAGUGCUAGAUUAAUAGUAGGUUCUUUGUGUAAUCUAUAGACCUAAUGACAUUGUGUGUAACCCUUAUGUGGUACUCCCUCUCAUAAUCUAUUUUGAAUUUCUGUUUGACCGAAAAAAAAGAAAUAAGAGGCUGCUGUUGAAUGGCAUUGCUUAAAGA